AUGCUGUGGUUUCUUAUGCAAGCAUCAGUGAUCAGUGCAGAUUUCAGCAUUGGUGUGAUUCUUGAUCAAGCUUCUAGGCCUGGAAAAGAGGCCAAAGUAGCCAUUGAGAUAGCAAUUCAAGAUUUCACAACAAACAAAAUCAAUCAGACUUCUGUUUUAUAUCUUCAAAACUCUCGAAACAAACCCCUUCAUGCAGCAUAUGCAGCAAAACAUCUUAUUAAUAAAGACAAUUUGAAAGCCAUUUUGGGAAGUCAUACAUGGGAAGAAGCUUCUGCCAUAGCCGAGGUUAUCAUAUAUGAAGCUUCACAUCUAGCCUCAACAGCAUCAAUCAUCUCUCCUCUCUCUCAGGCAUUUCGACAAACAGGUUCUGAGCUAAACCAUAUCUUACCACUCACAUCUGGUUCAUGUUUGUUAGAAGAAGAGCUUGAGGUGUUCAAGAAACAACAAGUUAAAUUCUUUGUAACUCAUACAUCUCUGGAACUCGGGAUUCGUCUCUUUCAGGAAGUCACGGAGAUGGAAAUGACCGGAGUUAGGUACCUAUGGAUUGCAACUAAUGGAAUCACAGAUCGUUUUCAUUCCACGAUUUCUUCAUUGAAAGGCAUGGCUGGUGUCAAAAGCUACUUUCAGGAUAACACGCCGGAUUUUAGAGAUUUCAGAAAAAGAUUCCGUCAAAAUUCCAGUUCCGAUUACCCAGAAGAAGAGGAGGACGAACCUGGAAUUUUUGUCGUGCAAGGAUACAAAACCGUGAAAUUAUUAGAAGAAAUGUCACCUGAAAACUUUGAUCACAAAAUUCCACCCCCGCAGAGUACUGUGGAGAUCGUGACCGUGGUAGGAAAGGGAUAUCACAGUGUGCACAGGACCGAAGGAUCAGGGUUUUCAGAGACAAUUGACGAUGGCGUCAAUAAAGCAAUGGACAAAGUCGGGCAAGCUUUGUGGUCUGCGCAACCGUGGUAUGCCAAUAAAAAGUGCCAGGAUCAAGCCAAAAGUACAGAGAUUCGGAUGAGGGUCGGCGUGCCUGGUAGAUCUCUGUUUAAGCAAUUCGUAAACGUGGAAUAUAAUCCCAAGAAGAAUGAAACUGUCAUUAGUGGAUUCGCAAUCGCUGUGUUUGAUGAGAUGAUGAGAGAAUUGAAAUUGCCAUACGAUUAUUUUCCAUUCAAUGGUUCUUAUGAUGAGCUGAUAAGCCAAAUACCAGCAGAGGCGAUGUAA